AUGGAAAAGAAAAGUGAUGGUGUUGUAGUCAAGCUUAGUGAUUGUUUAGAGGAGCUUGUUAAGUUCACUCUAGACUCUCACUCUUACCUUAACAAUCUCAAUCUCUCCACUGAAUUCUGUUCCACCCUUCUCAAAGAUGAUGACCCAACAUACUCAUCCUCUUCACACGAUUCUUUGGAAGGAGUGCCAUUGUAUCCCUUGUACAAGCGUCUUGCCUCAGCUCUGUUGAGGUGUAUGGAUUCUGAAGCAUUUUAUGGGACAGGCUGCAAUUUAGCCAUGGCCCAUGAAUUUGAAAAUGCUUCCAUGAAACAGAAACAUAGUGAGUGGCACAAAUUGAUUGUGGAGAAUGGGUCAGAAAUAAUGAAUAUUCUGAAGAGUGUUUCCCUUGAACUCAAUGUUCAAGAGCCUUUUUUUUCCCAGCUAAAAGAUGGCCUGAAAACAAUUGAAGGGAGGUGUGCCAGUGGUAAAUACAGCAGGAUUGAAUUAGGAAAUCUGAUUCUCUUCAAUAAGUCUGUGGUGUUUGAAGUUCAGGGAAUACAAUGGUAUCCUUCGUUCUUUGACAUGUUGGAGGCAGAAAGCCUUGGGAAAGUUCUUCCAGGAGUUGAAAGUGUUGAAGAAGGUGUAAAAAUCUACAGGAGGUUUUAUACAGAAGAGAAGGAACAGGCAAAUGGUGUUCUUGCAAUCACUGUUUCAAAAAUGGCCCUUCAACCAUACAUUUCUUUGGCUAGUUUAUUUUGUGGAUUAAGCUACGAGGGUGUUCAAGGCCUUCUAGGUCUGGUGCACACCACAGGGACAAUUCCUAAUGCGCUUCCACCACCAAGAUCAACUCUAUUGGCAUCAUUUAAUUUGCCAUGCAAACCAGAUGAAUUUGCCUUGACUCAUGGAGCUCGUGCAUUGGCCAAGCAUGCUUGUAGGAGUAGCAGUGGUUAUUGGGGUUCUCUGGAUGGAAACGAUUCUAAUAAAAAUAAGCUUGCAAUGGAUGUUAUUAACCGCUUAAUAGCGCAUUGUUGUUGGCUGAAUAUACAUACUGUCGCGCCGCAUGGAGUUGUCUUUGAAAUAAGGGUUGCUGAUGGAUAUGGUGCACGUUGGACAGAAGAUGGAACUAAGUUUAUUGGAUUUUUAGAGCCCUACAUGCAAGAUGGUCACUCAAAAGGAUGGAAGCACUAGUUCUGCUAGCCAGACCACAACAACUAUACCUCUGUAAUUGAAUGCCAUCUUUUCCUUUUGUCUUGUGAUGGAAUUGUGUUUAUGUUACAAUAUUUGUAUUUUUAUCUUCGGUUUUUUUUUUUUUUUUUU